AUCGUUUGGAGCGCCCAUUCAUCUCUUCACUUGGGCGUUGGACUCCGCAUCUUAUUAGCAACAAGGGAAAUUUCUCCAUUUUGCAGCCCGUCUACAGCGACACGGCCACCAAUCUGGGAUUUUAUUACUUCUCCUCACCUGUCAGCUUUUUCCUGCUAUUUUGAAAAACCCUCCUCACUCCAACUGGACUUUACCCUAUAUUUUGCCUGUGCCUUUGUUUCUUUGCGCAGAGAAAGGGAGACAGCAGCGAAGAGCUUUGCGUUUUAACAAAGGGGCUUGUGGGUCUUUGUUCGUUGUUUGGAUCGGUUGAGUUUCUUUGUUGGAGCGAAAAGCAUGGGAGCGCAAUUGUCCAGGACAGCUGGAAAGGGUGAAACUGCAGUUGAAAAGCCCGGAGAAGCUGCUGCUGCUUCACCAACCAAGACCAAUGGACAGGAAAACGGCCAUGUUAAAGUGAAUGGAGAUGCCUGUCCUGCAGCAGCAGCUGAGAAUGGCAAAGAGGAGGUGCAGGCCAAUGGCAGCGCUACGGCAGAGGAGACCCCUGAGGAGGCCAGUAAGGCAGAGGCUGCCCCCGCUGAGAAUGAAGCUGCCAAUGGGGAGCAGGUAGAGGCAGCAUCUCCUGCUCCUGCUGAGGGAGAGGCAGCAGAAAAGACGGAGGACAGCGCCACGCCGUCCACCAGCAAUGAAACCCCAAAGAAAAAGAAGAAGCGGUUCUCCUUCAAGAAGUCGUUCAAGCUCAGUGGUUUUUCUUUCAAGAAGACCAAAAAGGAGACAGGAGAGGGAGAAGAGAACGAGGAGGGGGCUGCAGCAGCAGCAACAACAGAGGAGGCCAAGGCUGAGGGCACAGAGGAAGCAACGGCUGCAAGCGAGGAGGCCAAGCCUACUGAGGGGGAGGCUGCACCUGCCACAGAGCCAGCCAAGGAGGAGGUAGAGGCCAAGCCAGAGCCAGCAGCAGCACCAGCAGCAGAGAAACCGGCUGAGGAGGCCAAGGAGGCCGCGCCCGCAGAGGAGCCAAGGGCAGAGGAGAAGCCAGUCGAGGAGGCGCCAAAAACAGAAGAGGCUGCCCCGGCCUCACAGCAAGCGGCGUCCGAGGAGGCUCCGGCUCCAGCUGCCGAGGCUGCUGAAUAAGUUUGCAAAGAGGGGGAAAUGUGAAAAAAGGAGAAAAGAAGAUAAUCAAAAAACAUUUCCCUGUUUGUAUGUUGGAGUGAUGCCAGGUCCUGGCUUUAAAGAACUUGUCUACAACCAGGGAUAUUUUAAAGCUUUUCUUUAUUUUUGAUUUUUGAUUUUCAUUCCCCCUUACACAAAACCCAUCUCAGUCCGUUGUUACUCUCAUUUCAACGGGCUAGGGAGGUGGGUGGCUUCAAUAUUUACAUCAGAUUAAAUACAUCCACACUCUGCCAUAUAUUUUUUCAUCAGUAUUACUUUUUCUUUAGAUUUUUUUAGUAAAAAUGUAAACAAAAGGGUAUGGACAUGCCCGUGGUAUGAAGGAGACGGGGCUGUGUUGUAAAUGAAGGGUGAGGUGAGUUCAGGGUGGGGAGGAGGAGGAGGAGUCCUGGAUGUGCCACAGACUAUUAUCAAAAGAGUAGUCUAAAAAAACUGAGACCAACAUUUAUAUACACCAUAUGGUUUACAACACUAAGUCAUUUUUUUUCCGAUGAGACAACAACAAGAAAUCUCAGAUUUAGGUUUUUAGGAAGUCAUAUAAACUCAUAGGAGCUUUUCACUUCUCAUUAGCUGUACCAGUCAGUGAUUCAGUAGAAAAGUUGUAUAGACUUUAUUGUUUAUUGUUGGUUUUAUGACCUUAAUAAAAAUGUAAGUAUGUAUAGGCGGGGUGUUUUUAACUGUGAUUAUUGUACAAAAUGAAAUCUUGAUCUCAAGAAGCACAUGAAGUUUGCAGCUCUUUUUUUCCCACACGCUGAUUUUUGUAAGAUAACAACACACAAAAAAGUCUCAGAAGACCUUUUUAAGCAAUUUUGAACUCAAAACCAAGCUGUGAUAAGUGGAACGGUAAACUGUUUAUAUACUGUGGUAUGUUUUUGAUUACGGAAGGCAAUGCUUUUUCAGUGGUCUUUGACAAAAUUUAAGGAAAUAUCAGAUGCAAAUGUUUGUGCAGCAUCUUUCUCUCUCUCUCUUUUUUCCUUUUGUAAAUACUGGAGAAGCUUUGACCAGUUUGACUUGGAUAUGGAAUGUAACUUUGCUUACAAAAAACUGCUAUUAAACUCCUCUGCUUAAAGUGUUCUAAUUUUCUGUGAGCACAAAGCAAAAAUAAAUGUGAAUAAAAUUUGA